GCUGGAAGGAGCUGCUAUACAGGCUACGGGUACACAGUUGAAGUAGGUUCAUGCUUGUCUCCUAAGUAUCGGAUAUGUGUCCCGCGAAAUGCUUGAGUGGAUUUUCAUCGGUCUUGGAUUGGCGUCCCAUCGAGUUCAUGGGCCUUCCUUCUCUCCGAUCCUGUUCCUUAUGCAACGUGGUUCCCAAAGAGACCUUUCUUCUGGAAUGUCAUCACGCACUUUGUAGUCACUGCUACAAGGCCGUCCUUCAAGGCAGUGGGCGUUGUCCACUGGAUGAAGAAAGCAUACAAGAAAGCGAAGUGCAGACAUUGCUGAUCAGGCCAAGUCACCUCCAGAAAUGGAAAAUGCGCUGUUGCAACUCAAGCAACGGGUGCGACUUCGUUGGGAAUGUGGAGGAAGCGACGAACCACUUCCUAAGUGACUGUGCCUUCCAUGUUGUGUCCUGUAACAGAUGUAGUGCCGCAGUGCUACGUCGUGAUAUCGUCAGUCAUUAUAGUGAACGACAAUGCAUGGCGGGAAGUUCGUCAGCCGACGGAAGUCAAGUAAGCACCGACGGAAGCGUCCUGGACAUCGGCAGGAAGAUCCACAACUCGUUGGAGACCAUCACGGAUAGAAUUUGUGCGAUUGAAACACAGCUCAACAAUCACGCUGCUUGCAUCGACGGUGGAAAACAGGGCGCAUCUACAAAGGAGCAUCCACUGGAUCUACUUCUGGAGUCACUGGAGCGCAUACAUGGAGAGUUAAGGAACGUUGCCGCAAAUAUGAUGUCGCGAGAAGAGGCUAGGGAAACAGUAGAUGCGAGCUUAAAGUCCAUCAAAGAGGAAAUUCAGCGCCCCACAACUAAUACGCAAGGUAACCAGGGAAUUACCAAUAUAGCUACUGAUCAAGUCGUUGAGAAACUGAGCAGUAUUAGCCGGCACCUAGAGACACUGGAGCAUGUUGGGAGGGUUAGAAUAAAUGAGGCGCUGUUUUGUAUUCGGGGCAUUCUUGGGCUUACGAAAAUAUCGAUGGGGGUAAGGAUUCUACGUUACUCAGACGUUUCCGUGAUUUGUGGGUAUUCAGUGCAAUUAGGAAUCUGUAUCCCCAGAUGCGGCUUCCCUUACAUGCAGUUCUUCCUCCAGAUCUGCCCGAGCGUACACGAUCAUCUCCUCGAGUGGCCAUUUUGUAUUCCUUACAGAUUCGUGGUGUUGCACGCACUUAACGGUUCGAAUAUUGAUUCUGGUUUCAUGUCUUCGGAUGUCUGGGCUAAUCGGCCAAAAAGUGAGCCUGUCAGGUUAUCACAGUGUUUUCCGCUGAAUCUCAGCCACAGAGAAAUGAUAGACCGCGGGUAUGUCCACGAAAAUUGCGUUUUAGUUAGAGUUUCUUUGAAACCGCAGUCAUAAUGAACUCGCGUUCUGUCGUACUGUAGAUUGAAAUCCAAUUGCAACUACAAAUAUGCAACUGAUGAUGUAACAUAACUUUGGAAAAUAAUAAAGUCUGCUUGAAAUGCAA